UGUGAUGACAGCUGGGACCUGAACGAUGCCCACGUGGUGUGCAGACAGCUGGGCUGUGGGAACGCCCUCAAUGCCACAGUCUCUGCUCACUUCGGGCAGGGAUCAGACCCCAUCUGGCUGGAUGACGUGAACUGCACGGGAAAGGAGUCCCACCUGUGGAAGUGCCCUUCCCUGGGCUGGGGGCAGCACAAUUGCUGGCACAAGGAGGACGCAGGGGUCAUCUGCUCAGAGUUCGUGGCCCUCAGGAUGGUGAGCGAUGACCAGGAGUGUGCUGGGUGGCUGGAAGUUUUCUACAAUGGGACCUGGGGCAGUGUCUGCGACAGCCCCAUGGAAGCCAUGACCUUGUCCACCAUCUGCAGACAGCUUGGCUGUGGAGACAGUGGGACCCUUUGCACCAAUUCUGGCUCACCUCCAGUCCCUGGCAUCUUCCCCAUACCUGAGAUCCUCUGUAUCAUAUUGGGUGCCCUUCUCUUCCUGGUCCUUAUCAUCCUGGGGAUUCAGCUACACAGAUGGAGAGUAGAGCACCAAGCCUUACCUGCUAUUGAAGGUGCUGAUGAUGAUGCCUUGUACCAGGAGAUUGAUUACCUAGUAAAACCAGAGAAGGAUGUUUUGAACAGCCAAGAGCCUCUAGGUCAGCAUGUCAAUGCCACAGGUAAUGAUUAUGAUGAUGUUGAAGAGUUUCCUGUUCCUGAAAUUCCUUCUCCUCCUGGGAUGAGGGAGAUUUAUUCUUUCCCAGAGGAGGGAGGUGGUGCCAGGUAUUACCAGACAGAAGAAGGGGACUCACUAGGAGACACUGCAGGGAGCGAGACCUGGCUGAUGGAUGGGGAUUACUAG